AUGCCUUUACUUGCACUCCAAGAGCCCGAUAAAGUGGAUGCUGAUGGUGAUAAUCAAACUAUAAGUCUGUUUGAGAGGAGGAAGAUGAUGAUGAAGAGUAAGAAAGAUUUGAUGGCUCAGACUCAAAGUUGUUUCUGUCUAAGUAGUUUGCAAGAGGAAGAGGAUGAUGGUGGUAGUGGUGAUGAUAAUGAGUGA